CGCGUGUCGAAGGUCACGGCGCCCACAAUGGAGCUGUCGCCGUACGCGCAGGGCGGGUGGCGCCUGCUGGGCGACCCCCGCCGCUUCCCCCGCCGCCCCUUCGCCGCGCUGCUCCGCGCCGCCUUCCGCAGCCUCCUCGACGACCCUCAGGCCGCGCUGGACGAUCCAGACCUGAAAGAUAUUGACCCUACAAUAUUAAAACAUUGCCAUGCUGCGGCUGCAACGUGUAUUCUGGAGGCAGGGAAGCAGAAAGCUGACAUAUCUGCUAUAAGCACAUGUCUAGAAGACUGUAAACUGGAUAAAGAGAGAAUAGAACAAUUUUGCACCGAAUAUCAGAAAAACAAGGAUGCAUUGGAAGUCCUAUUGGGAAGCAUAGGCAGAUCUCCUCUCCAUAUAACUGAUGUGUCUUGGCGCUUGGAAUACCAGAUCAAGAACAAUCAACUUCAUAAAACUUAUCAGCCUUCCUACUUGGUGACCUUAAACCUAGAGAACAGUGAUUCAGGAUCACACCCAGAUGUUAGUUUUAGUUGUACGAUGGAGCAAUUACAGGUACUUGUUUCCUUCAUCAUUCUGUGCUUAGCUCCAGUUAUGGAUGUAAAUGUUUUUAACAACUCAACAAUCAAAAUUAAAUCAUAUAUACUAUUAUUUUUCAAAAAAUAAUAAAUCUGUACUGGGAGGAUACAAGAGAAUCUUCCAUAGAAAUUAUCUGAGUGUAUUUUUACUGUCUUUUCAAAUAAAGUUGCAAAGUAACUGAUUUUAGUUGCGUGGGGAGUGUUUUAGAACGUGCAUAAAUAUUUUGUCUGUUUUCAUAACUGUAAUCUAUAUAUGUAUUUGGGAGGAAAUUCAUCAUUUUCUGAAGCUCUGAUUUCCCAUGCUUUAGAGAAGUUAUUUAAAUACGUCAUGAUUAAAAAUAGAGAGCAAACUGAAGGCUCUUCAGUGGUGUUAAUGACAUGUAAGAAAUGUACUGAAACAAACGUUGAUCUUUGUUUAGCGAUUUAAAUGUGUAACUGAACAAUAGAGGUAUUGUAAUGCUUGGAAGUGGCCAAACUGUGGAGGAUCGGGAAGAGGGGUUGUGGAGAGAGGAAAAGCAAGAUAUUAAAACUUUAGGUUUUAAAUGUGUGUCUUGAAAGUUGUCCUUUUCUCACUAAUGAGUGUUUCUAGUCAGUUUGCUGACGUUGCAAAAUCUGAUGUGUUUGGCUAAGAGAAUGGUCCUGGUAGAAAAUUGCACUCAAAAUAUUUUCAGUGUUUUAGAAAUGCAUGUAGUACUUCAAAGCCUGGAGCGGAUGUCAGUGUUAGCCAUCGUGGCAAUACUGAUAAAAUCUACAUAUUAAUAGUAGCAACCCGGUUUAGGAGCAAAAUACAUUUAAAAAAGUGUUUUCCUUCAGUUCCCGCUUUUCUGACUACACAGUAAAAUACAGAGCUGUUUAAUUACUCGCUGGCAUUGUUCAUCAGUUGCAACAUUUCUUUGUGCUUAUAAGGUGCUGGUUUCCCUUGCCUCUCUGUAUAAAAAAGAUACUCUGUUCCUCUAGCUGACCUUUUAAAAAAUAUGUUUAUUCUAAGACACUAUUUC